UUGAAGGUUUAGGGGUUUCUCUGAAAUUGGUUUAGGGGUUUCAUCGAAAUUGGUUUUGGGGUUUCUCUGAAAUGAUCUUAGUAUGAUGAUUCCUUGUUUCAAACAGUGAAUGGGUUUGUUCUUUGUGGACUGAUGCUUGCACUGCUGUUGUGUUGCUGUUGCUAUUGCUGUCGUAUUGUGUUUUUUUGCUAGUGUAUUGCUAAUGUAGUGAUGUUGUGUUGGCAUUUUAGUGCUGUUGUAUUUUUAGUUUUAUUAUGGUUUUAUUAUGGUUUUUGUAGCAGUUAUUGAUUGGCAUUUGGUGGCUUAGUAUGAAUCUUUAUGACCAUUGCAUUUAACCUUCUUACAAGUCUAAUUGGUAUCUAUUUUGUUUGUUGAAGAUGAUAUCUAAAGUGUAAGACAAUUAACCUGUGUAUAUCAUUUUGAACUUGUAAACUCCCAACCAUAUCAUACUUUUUGUUUGAGAAUAAUGCUUGUUAAUUCGACAUAUUUUUUUUAUAACUCUUUUUACUAAGUUUAGGGCUUGCAUAUUGGAUAUGGAUGAGUUUUCUUUAGAACCAUAUGUGGUGUAAUAUGAGUUCUUUAAAAGUUUGCUGUUUUGUGCUUGAUCAUUGUGUGCUUAAAAGAAAGCGGGAAAUGAGUGAAGAUGGGAACCUACCACCAGCAGGUGUGGUUUAGAGAAAUGGGGACAUUGAUUUUGCUAUAAGCUAACUGUUUAAGCUUUUGCUUUUCUUGUUUGUGUAUGGAUACUUAGAGAACUCUGUUUCUGAGGAGAACUUAUAAUUUUGUAAUUGUACAUGUCUUACAAACAUUUUAUACAGUUUUGAUGGUUUAUUUAUGAAUUUAUCUUUGAUAUUUUGUUAAGAAAAAACUGAAGGGAUGGUGCCAAUUUCUUUCAUUUGAAAGGAGGGCCAUAGUAGAGUCAGUAUUGUGGUUGCCACUAAUUCAUAGGAUGUUCCAUUACAUUAUACCUUGAAGUGAAUCAAUUGUUUCCCGAUGUCUUGUUGUUUUUUAAAACUCUUUCUAGUCAGAUAGAUUUGUAUCGUUAGUCUUGAAUUGUUCUCAAUUAGGCUUGUGCUACCGCACAUUCCCAUUCUAGCUGAAGCUGUCUCAUGAUUAGAUGGUGUGAUUAUAUGGUGUGUUGAGAUGUGUGUUUAGAUAUUAUAUUAUGCAGGAGUGGUAGAGUACUGGGUGUCCUGAAACUUGGCUUUGAGCCAUUAAAUUAGGAGGUCAGUUGUAAAUAGCUGGGGUUUUGUUUAUGAUAUGUAUUUUUUGUUUUUUUUUCACUUCAUAUCCUAUAAUAGGCUGUUGAUAAGUGGUGAUUGUUUAUUGCUUGUUAUUGUCUAGAUUGCAACCGACUGAAAUUUUAUUUAUAAUAUUGGCAUGCAGGGAAAUAUGGUUGGUCAAAUGAAGUUGAUGAUUGCAGAGGAACAAAAGUUCCAAGGGAAAGCAUUGUCGCUAUCCCAUACGAAGACCGCAAUCACUACGAUAAAGGAGAAAUUCACUGAACAGCAGCUGCAAAUGUUUGAACAGAGUUGUUUUGGCCAUCUCCUACGGAUUGAGGACCUCAAGUGGACUUCUCCAAUUGUCCACGGCUUGCUGCUCAGGAAAGCUGAUCCCAAGACAGUUUCCCAAUUGAAUGGGAUCAAAUUCAUUGUUGGCAAUAAGGUCAUCCAAUUCACGGCGCAACAAUUUUGCAUCGUGACAGGGCUAAGGUUUGGAAACCUUCCCUUUAUUCCGAUUCCCACUAAUGAGAACUGCUCAUUGAAACGGAAGUACUUUGCCAACGAUAAAACUGUGAACCUGUUGGAAUUAGAAAAGGCCUUCCUCGAAUGCGAUGAUGUGGACGAUGUAUUGAAGCUCGGAUUCGUAUACUUUGCUGUGUUUGUGCUGUUGGGCAGUGAAAAACAUGUCCACAUUGACAUGCGAUAUUUGAAGUUGGCGGAAGACCUUGAAGACUUUGGGAAGUAUCCAUGGGGUGCUGUGUGUUAUGCGAAGACAAAUGCGUCACUGCUGAGGGCACUUUGUGCAGAUUACCAGCGAGUGAAAGUGCCCACAAAAACUGCAAAAACAAAAAAAUCUGGAAAGAAACCAACAACAACGGAAACUGGUAGACCAAGAGAGUACCACCUUAAAGGUUUUGCCUAUGCACUUCAGAUUUGGGCGUAUGAGGUAUUUCCAGCGUUGGCUGCACUACAUUUGGUGGUGCACGAAGAUAAUGCGUACAUCCCUCGUUUACUACAUUGGAGGAGCAAUAGUUCGCCGCGUUUUUAUGAGCUAAUGAGCCAAGUAUUCGAGAACCGUGAGGUUGAUGUGCAGCUUCUCCGGCCAUCUGUAAUGGACAAGCAGCAGCCGUAUUGGACUUGGGGUGACAGUGCUGACGACACUGAAGAACUUGUUGACUUGUUGGGCGAUGACGCUGAACAAAAAACUGGCACUUCUGCCUCUGUAGAAGAAAAAGAUGAGGACAUUGACGAAACUGCUAGCCUUCCGUCGUCUUCUAAGGGUACAGUCGCGUCCACUGAGUUACGUACUUUGAAGCGUGACUUUCAAAGGACAAAGGAUGAAUUGGCCAAAGUUGCCAUAUCAAAUCGAGCGCUUUGCAACAGAGUGCAUCAGUUGGAAGACAUGGUACGGAAGGAGUCAUUGAAAGUUGAAAGAGAGUUCGAAAAAAAUAAAAAGUGUGUGGAGGAUUUCCGCAACACCCUGGCUUCAAUGGAGCAUUAUUUUAAGGUGGAGAUAGAGCAACUGAAAAUACGAAAUCGUGGGGUGAAUGAAGGUGGGGAAGGACAUGAGGACCUCGGUAGUCCUCAUAUGAAUGAAGGAGCAGCCGAUGACUUCUCGCCUCCACAUGAGUAUGUUAGUCCGCCUACAGAACCGGUAGUAAUGGAAACACAAGUCCCCGCUGAUGGAGCCGAACCUUCCGCAGCCAUGGUAGUCGAAGAGGCAGCAAUGACUGCUUCAGUUGCUGACUUAGAAGUGCAUGAAGCAGCUGAGCAGGCACAAUCCGAGAAGCUGCCUACCCCGGAAGAUGUGGCCGGGUGUGACGAAAUCUGCCAAAGAGUGUUGUUUUUGUUGGAAGAUUGGAAAAAGACUCAGAGUAUGCCAUCGGGAGGUCCAAUGAAUCCUCCAAGUCUACCCACAGUUAGUAUGGCUGGUGAUGAAGAAGGGAGUUCGAGUGUUGAAAAAAAGGAAGUGGAAGGUAAAGGGUGCAGACAGAAGCGCCCGGCGCAGACAUUGUUGAGCCCAUUUACUGAUCCUUUGAGGAAGAAGAGGACGAUGAGUGUGUCGGCCGCAAUUGCAACCCCGCCAUGUUUUGAUCCAACAAAACCCGUGCCCAUUGAAGAUGUGAAGGCAGUAAUAGAGUUUUGCACUGCCUGGAAAAACGAUAUCAGUGCGGAGGUGCAGCUGGAAUCAUUUUCAGUGGACGCAGAUUUUUUCUACAAACUUAUCGAUGACACGGAAUGGGUUAGCUCAAGGCACCUGGACAUGGCAACCUUUCUUAUCCGGAAAAGGCAACUCUCUCAUCUGUUGGUAUUUGGAACUGACUGGACAACGGCAGAUUAUUGCUUGCAGCAAUUUCUAGAGCCGUUGAAACCGACUACGAAGAAACGUGGAGCGAAGAAGGCAGCUGCUUCAAACACCGUUGACCUUCCAUCUAACAAGCUCAAGAAUAUACAUCACUAUGUGCACGGUACGUGGCAGCACGGGUAUGGCCAAGCUUGGACAAAAGUCCGGAAGGUCUAUUUUCCAUAUAAUCUUCGAGGGUCCCACUGGGUUGCAAUCGAAAUUGAUUUCGUCAGACAUACUGCAACUGUGUAUGACUCCUAUGUUGCGUAUACCAAAUCUUCGAGGCUGGUUACACUGCUGCACCCUAUUAGCGAUACGCUAGCACGAGUGCUGUACGAGAUGCACUUUUAUGAAGAUUCUGAGGUUGAAGAGGUUAAGCAAAAGGGGCUGCAGAUGUCGAGGUUUACGCCAUUCUCAGUUUGCAGCAUUGCAGGUGUUCCACAACAACGGGAUGGUACGUCUUGCGGAAUCAUGACCGUCAAAUUCAUCGAGCAUCUUAGUGCUGGGAUUUCGGUGGAUAAAGUUGACCCUUUGAAGAUCAAAUAUUACCGACUGAAGCUUGCAAUUGAGGGUUUAAGGGGGGAGGCAUAUUUAUGAGGUAAAUGUCUUAAUGUCCGUGAAUUCACCUCACUAUGGACUUAUGACUUGGGAAUUCACUUUGCUCAUAACUUAUGUCAGGAACUCCUUCAUAUGAACAUGCAGACGUAGAUGCUUUGGUGGGGGUACUUCAUAUGGUCAUCAUGCCUUUUUGCUAGAGCUAGUUGGUUUAGAUAUUAUGGUGAGGUGUAAUAUUGUACAAUCUAGAAGCAGUGGCUAAUUGCCUUACAUGGCACACACACUGUUUCGAUUUUGAAGGUUAACUAUUUUGUACACCUCCAUAUAUGAAUAUAGUUGCUCUUUAUGGAUGCUUUUGUAGCCAUUGUUCACAUUUUUUGUCUGUGGUUUUGGGAAUCUGUUACUGGACUUACUGAAGCAUACAACUCUGUUAACAUUUCUCCAUUUAGUUUUGACUUAGUUCGUUGUAAAUAAUUGAUGCUCUUACUUUCAUUAGUUUGAUAUGAUUUCUUCUAAUAUGUGAUAUAUUU